AUGGUGCUUUUUAAGCGCAAACCCGUCAAGUUUCUCCCUCCGGCCGAGGUUGAAGACGAAGAUGUAGAGGUCUGGUACAUUCCCCAAACGGGUGAAAUAUUUGCCAACUAUGAAGAUUAUUUAAAUCGCAUGGACUUUUACAAACAGCGACGCUUCAACGAUCAAAUAACGGGCCAUUCAGGCCUAACCUUUUUCGAAGCACAUGAAAGCGAGCUCGCUGGCGCCCGCGAAGUCGAAGAAUCCUUCCCCGAAGCCCUCAAAGGCCCCAUUCUACGCAAAGUCCAAUUCCAGAUCGUUUCGCGACUCGACAAUCUUGUCGAUACCAUUUACGACGAGUUUAAACAAGACUACUACCCCGGUGAAGAGGUCGCUAUUACCGGCGAGGGCGGCGAGCGAAUCCAUGGCCUCGUUCGCGACAAGACAACAUUUGGCGAGCGCGUCCUUGCCGACGGCAGCCGCACGAAGCCCUCUACAAGAUACCUGGUCGACGCCCACGGCAGCGAGAAUGAAGUCAUUGUCACCGAGGAUAACAUCUCACGCGACCGGGGCAUCUUCACCAAAGCUAUGCUGCGCGCUUUUCUCAAGAAGACGGUCAUGCGCGAAGCAUGGACUGGCGCCCCUUGGCUCGUCAAGAACGAUUACGCCGCACAGUACCACAUCGACACCAGGAUACCGCCCCAUCUGCGCUACGAUACCAAGCUGCAAGAGCGCAAGCAGCUCCAAGCCCAGAAGCGCUCAUCUGAUGUCAACGGCCACACCACAUCUCAGCCUGCACGACUGCCCGAGCUAAAGCCCGCGAAAAGCAUCAAGCCCAAGCUUGUCGCUGGCAAAGGGCUUAAGUGGCCCGCCGGGAUUGUCAAUGGCAGUGCAGAACCCAGCAUCAAGAGCGAACCUUCUCCUCCGCCUCCUCCGCCGCCGCCGAAAUAUCCCAUCGAAGACUUGCAGCUCGACCCCAACACCGAGAUUCACCGACCGGCCCUCAAAUUUAUGUGCAGCGAUGCACCGUCAGACAAGGGCAACGAUGAUCCGCUACGAGAGUAUGUCGAAAUGAAAUCCGUCGGACCUCUGCUGGAGACUUGGGAUACCCUCAACGUGUACUGCGAAAUCUUCAAGCUCGACUCCUUUACCUUUGACGACUUUGUCGAGGCCAUGUCCAUGGCUUCAGAACAUACCUUGGUGCAGCUUUUUGACGAAAUUCACUGCUCAGUACUCAAGGUUUUGGUGGACUCUGAGCAAGAUGGCGGCAAAGUUCGCAUCACGCUACCCGAAAUCGAGGAGGACGAAAGCGAUGAGGAAGAAGAAGAUGGCGAGGAAGGAGACGAGGAAGAAGAGGAGGAAGAGGAAGAGGAGGAGCCCGAGCAGAAGCCUGUCAAGCGCGCCACGCGCAGCAGCCUAGCCAAGCAAGAAGCCGAGCGCAUAGCUGCCGAAGCUGCCGCCGCCGAGGAGGAGACCAUCAAAGCUGAAAUCGAAUCCAAGACACGCGUUGAGGAGAUGAUGAAGGAAUUUGAUUGGGUAGAGCAUCUCCGGAAACGAGACUUUCUCAACGGCGGUUGGGAGCGAAUCGUCGUUGGCCUGCUACAUCAGCUGUCCAAGGGCGAGAAGCAUCAGCAGACGUACGAGGAUCUGCUCUUGCAAAUUAUUCCAGCCGACACGGAACCUAGCCAAGAGGCUGCUCGUCAAAACUAUGCCGAGCUUGACGUCAACACCAGGGUGCAGAUUUUGCAAAUUCUCUGCCUGUUGACCAUGGAGACCAAGGCUGUGCGAGGCUAUAUGGAGGACUGCAACGAGACCAUGACCAAGUAUCGCAAGGACAGAGUCGAAUGGCAACGCCAACGCAAGCAAGCAACCGAGGAGCUGCGCCAGCUCAACGAACAGCGCAAGGCUCUACUUCCCGAGAACAUGCCCCCGGAGGAGGAGGUCAAGGAGAAUGGCGAUGUCAGCAUGAACGGGGUCGACGACACCAUGACGGAAAAGGAAGGCGAAGACGAAGCCGAACCCAGCAACGACGAAAAGCCGCAGAAGAAGCGUCAAGGACGCCAGGUCGUCGAUAAGCGUAAAAAGCGCGAGGAGGAGGAGGCAGCCCGCAAAGCUAAGGAAAAGGCGCAAAAAGAAGCCGCCAAGGCGUCCCACCAGUCGAAACAGUUCACCAAGCUGCUCAAGGACAUUCAAAAGAAGGAGGAACUUAUCAAGAAAUGCGAGGAGGAAGUUGUCACCAUUGAGAACGAUCUUCGCGAAGCUGAUUGCCCACGCACACGUGUUCUCGGCAGGGAUCGGUUCUGGAAUCGAUACUACUGGUUUGAGCGCAACGGUAUGCCUUACGGUGGGCUGCCCAACAGCUCGACUGCUGAAGCCGGCUACGCGAAUGGACGGCUGUGGGUUCAGGGGCCCGACGAGCUGGAGCGCGAAGGUUACAUUGACGUACCAACGGAUCUCGAAAACGAGUACAAGGCCAAGUUCAACAUGACGGUCCGAGAGCGCAAGGACAAAGAAGAGGGCGGCACGAGCAUGGAGAGCGCCCACCAAUGGGGUUACAUUGCCGACACGGAGAGCCUGGACAAGCUGAUUCAGUGGCUGGACCCGCGGGGCUUCAACGAGCUGCGGCUGCGAAAGGAGCUGGUCGCGUUCAAGGACAAGAUUGCGGAGCACAUGAACAAGCGGCAGCAGUACCUGACCAAUGCGGCCGAAGAAGAAGCGUGCAGAGAAGAGUCGGCGCCGACGAAGCGCGCCAGCUCACGCAUCCGAGAGAAGACGCCGGAGCCACCCAACUAUCGAUGCCUGCGAUGGGAGAAUACCAUGGCGCUGGAGGAUUUGGGCCACUUGCACGCGGAUCCGCCGCCUCCGCCUCGACUGCGCAAGCAGACCAAGAAGAGAGAGGCCACGGAGGCGCCACCUCCGCCGUCGACGCGAUCGGCCAAGAGGGGCAGACGUCAAUGA